AUCGAAAAGCGUAAGCAACAAAAACUUAACAAAAUCGAAAUCGAAAUUCACACACAUAAAACUGUAGACGAUUCAAUUGAUCACAGGGGCUUUUGAUUUGCUGUAGACGUCAAUCGGCAAGAAUUUAUCAGUUUUGAAAAAGUAUUUGAAAUGAAAAGAUGAAAAUAUGUGUGUCUAUAGUGCUGCUGAUGCUGCUCUGUCCAGGCGGCUGUCCAGUGUACGAUUUCGAUUUGCGUACCAUCGAGCAGCCUAGUCAAUUCGCGGAUGGUCUAAAGCUUGCCGCCGAUCUUAACAGCGAGUUCAAUCAGGGUAUCAUGAAUUUUCAUGUGCUCAAUAACAACGAUGGCUGCGAAGCGGACAACACGUGCCAGCUAGACGACCUUCCGGUCGAACCUGAGGAAGGUCCAACAAGAAGACUGAAAUAUUUACGUAGAGUUGAAGAGGAAGAUAUGUCUAAUACGGAAAUCAAUGAGUUUGUCGGUUCGAAUCUUUUCGAUAGUACACGUAAGAAUUGCUUUUCGCCGGAAGAUUUGAAUUUGAUGGCCGCACGUCGAGACUUUGAGUACUUGUUGCCGAAAGAUCUGCCGAAAUGUCUGCUCAACGACGAUAUGUUAAAUAUGCUGCUGAAUUACUUUUACAACGGCAAUGAGAUGAUACAAAGGAUGAACGACGCUUCGAGAAAGGUGGUGGAGCGUGCUUAUUACGAUAUGCUUGGCGGUUACUUGCGCUCAUACAUGCUGCCAGUGGCUAAGUAUUCCUUUUAUGGCGGCAAGGCUAGUCUCAGGGUGGUCAGUAGUGUGGUAGAGCUGUAUCAACAAUGCAAGUCCUUUCUGAACACUAACGGCAAUGGCUGGAGAAUGCCAAUUUUACUUGAGGAAAUGGAUAAUGUGCGUGUGGACUCGAUAAGGGGCUCGGAAUGUGGUGCCGAUGGCAACGGUGCUGGUGGCGGACCGAGCGGCUGUGCGCGCCUCGAAAUGUUGCCGACCAGCGAUGGCGAGGAGAAUGUUAUGCUCGUGGCUUUGCCAAAACUGGAGGCCGAUUGCAUUGAGAAUGGUUUGAGCAAUAUUUGGUUGCCAUUUCGGAAGCGUCGCAAUUAUGAUCUCCGAUCACUGAAAUCCGCUUACGUGAUUUUACGAUUCUAUGAAACGGUCACACGUUGCUAUCAAUCACAGUCAAUGCCACAGGAAGCUUUCAAUUGCAAAUUUAUAGCUUGGAUUAAUGAGAACUUGAAACCGCAUCUCUCCGACGAGGAGUUCUAUCCCGGUCUGGGUGGUGUACUGCGGAUUGUUGAAAAAUUGAGGAAAGGCCGUAAGGCAUUGGACUUGGACGAUGAUCAAGCGCUCAAUCAACGCAAAGACGAUCUGAGUGGUACGCGUUUUGGCGACACUGUCGGUGCGGGCGAUAAUAGUAAAAGCGACGAUGGCUUUUCCGACAUGGAACUCGCACAAAAGGCAUUGGAAUACAAGAUAAAAGAGAAAGCCAGACAAACAAUGAUCAACAGUAAACGUUGGUUUGAGAAAAGCGCCAACGACAAUAGACAACUGCAGAGCAGAAAGAUUUGCGAUAAGUCUAAGGAUAAAUCUAAAGCUCAACAGAGUAAUAAAGCACAACAAGGCCAACAUGGUGCCCAUACAGAACAGAAUCAAACACAUAAAGCCAAGAAGACAAAGUGUAAAUCAAAGGGUGGAAAGCAUGGUGGCGGCGGGUCCCUAAUCAAGUUGACAUCGGAAGAACAAAAACACUAUCUCAAGUAUCUUUGUUGCAUUAUAGGACUUAUACUGCUCAUAUUACUGAUCAUACUGCUGGUCGCUAUGCUAUUGAGAUAUCGUAAGCGUAGGCGCAAGACCGAACCAAAACCAAAGCCACCGAAAAAAAAGCGUAAAUGCCCUGCGUGGUGUAACUUUUUCCUAUGCAGAAAGAAACCAGCCGAUGAAGAGAUCGUUAUUAAGCCCGAAACGAAAUCGGUCAUUGCAACACAACCACACCGACGCGCGUCCACUUCCACAUCGUCGCUGGCUUGUCAACCGGCUGCAAAAUGCAUUCCAUGCUCUAAGCGUGCCACCAAGGAAUCGGAAAGCGCACCCAUUAUCGAAACAACAUCACUCGAUUACUAUUCCUCGUCCGAGCCCGAAAGUAAAGUGCGACAGAAAGCGAAAAAAGGCAAACAGAAAGUGGUCACUAUAGAUGAGAAGAAGCGGAAAAAAUCAGCAUCACCCUCACCAACGAAAACCAAGCCGGCACCAGCGAAAUCUAAAGCAGCACCGGCAAAAUCGAAAUCAACACCGACAAAAUCUCGUCUUUCCGGCGGUACAGAGCUAAAGUGCUCAUCCAGUUCGGAUAGCACCAAGCGCUUGGGCAUACAACGUACCCUACAGACAGACAAUAAGAAGAGUAGUAAUGAAGAAGAAGAGGGAGAAGAGGAAGAAGGGGAAGAAGAAGAUGAAGAAAUGGCCUUAGUGCCGCAGCCGGAACGCGCAGCAUCCAGAGAUCAUUCGAAAGGUUCACGCAGUUGGGAAACCAUGUACGACACAUAAAAAUCUCUUAAAUUCACUACUGGAUAAACUAGUGUCCAUAUUAUAGCGUAUUUAUUUCUUUAAUUACCUACUUAUCGCAAGUGUUUCUUCACUUUAUUUAUGUAUAUUUUUGCAUUAUUUAUACGCAAACUUUUUUGCUAAAUAAAUAACAACUCUUACUUAUUUCUUAUAAAAA